UGUACAGUGCUGCAGCGGCAGACACGUGACGGUGAAUCAUUCUCGUCACGUCACAGAGCUUCCAUUUUGUCGAUUGGUUUGCGUGUGCGUGCUCAGUCGGCCAUUUUGCGUGUGGUUUGUUGUCCUUCCGCAUAAUAAUUACUUUGAAGCAAAGGUGCCAGACUGGUCCACACAAGUGCUCAAUUUUGACAGAAGAUCUGUCGCGAUGCAGCCCGGUCAAGUCGUCGCGUACCCGCCUCCCGCCCCAGCCGUACAGAUGCAGGUGCUAGCUCCUCCAGCCCCGCAACCCGGGCCGAGCAAGUACUCCUGCGGAGCCAAGUCGCUCGGGAUCCUCCAGAUCGUUCUCACAGGCGUCUCGGUAGCCGUGGGGAUUGUCAACAUCCUAUUUCAGUCCUAUCUCAGCUUCAUAGCCAGUCCCAUUUGGGGAGGGCUAGUGUUUUACCUCCCUGCUGGGAUCUUGGGAAUUGUUUCCGUGACAACAGCUGUGUCUAAGCGAAGAUGUCAGGCCACAGGAUGCAUGGUGAUGUCCAUACUGGCGGCUUGCAUCGCAGCGGGAAACAUCAUAUGUGCAGGCAUCUCACUUUCCGGCGACACCUACUGGGGAAGGGGCCUGACCGCUGUGACAAUGGCCAUGGACUCCAUACUAAUCGUCGUCAGCCUGGCGGAGCUGGUGAUUGCGAUAGUCGCCUCGGUCUACUGCUGCCUGCUCUUGAACGAGCUGCCGCCCUCGAACACCACCACGAUUGUAUACGCACCGUUGCCCACUCAACCCAACCAGUUCGCGGCACCCGCACCUCCGGCGUACUAUCCCGCCCAAAAUGCGCCCAACCCAUUGAUUGGAACCCAGCCUUCGUUUGCACCUGUGCCCAGUACCGCCCAACAGCCUGCCGACCUGAAGUAGAUAGCGGUAGAAAGGGUUUGUAUCAUAGGGUUCUUCUUCUUACUAACGUGAGCUUGAGAUUUUGGAAACAAAAUGGCUGUUCAGUAAGUGUGAAGUAUGGGCGCAGCUACCGUAUACCGACUGUCCGUGGGCACACUUGCGCGUAUAUCUGCCAGUUUGUUUCCAAGAGUGGGUUACACUUGUCGCAACUCGCUCUAUGUAGAAAAUUUUCAGUCACAUGAUUUUUGACGGUCAGCGUUCAAUUGACACAUAUUUGCGCGGAAAUGCGCAUGCUUUCGAUGUCUCCCAACAUUCUAGUGUACUUGGAACUGCCAACAGAGAUGCAUAGAUUUGAAAAUGCAAGCGCAUCCACGGACAUGGUACACUUCCUGAAAUGCCCUUUGCCCGUCAUGUUACGUCACGUGAGAAACCUCUAUACACGGCUCUGCUUAUUAUUAAGAAGCACGUCCGCCAGCAUUGAAGUCUGCACCAAAUUCUCUUCUCCUGCAUCAUGCGUUGUUGUGUGAAGUUUGAACUGCUUGAAAGUAACGUGCAUGACUUAGUUUUGAAGAAACAAUAACCACUAAACUUGAAGCUUGGAGUCGACGGUAUACAUGUAAAGUUUAAGGGGCAGGAUUUUAACAGCAGUGUCAAUGUCGUGUGACACCUGGUGUCUUUCUGGUGUUAAGGAUAGAUAUGAUGUCGAAUUGAGGGAUUGACUUAAAGAGAAGGAUUGACUUUUACACUUUUCAAUGCAUUUUUUUUGCAUAAUUUUGCAUAAUAAUGUAUAAUUUUUUGAACUCGGACGAGCUACUUUCCUGAAUUUUAUGUCCUGUAAAUGCACAGUUUUAUACCGUGAAAACGGUAUUGAGCCACGACGUAGGAGUUCGUCAGUGUAACAAAUCUGUUUUAGAGCAUUCAUUUUUCACUUCGUGAAUCACGGUUGACCUAAUACUGUCGCAUGUUACACGAUCAAAGUUUAGAUGGUCAAAUUGAAUAUCAGAUGGCGUAAACGAUUAUUCUUCGUUAUUGAGAAAUGUUCUAUAGCAGUAAAAUUAAUGUGAAUUUUAGUUUAGUAUAUUCUACACACUAUUUUCUUCUGAGAUUUAAAUUUCGCCGAGAGAUUGUUCACUGGUAAUGAAUUCGCUUAAAGACAGAGGUACAUUAUAUCCUCUGAUCUUUUUUUUAAACCCCGAAAUUAGAGAAUCACUGUGGCAUUCAUUUUUAUCAAAGAUUCUUAUUGAACUGCAUCUAUCAAAGAGGAAUUUUUCAUAACAGCUUCCUUUACAUUUUAAGGCUCAACACAAGCCCCUUUCUUGCGGGGCAGUUUUUGAAGUUGAAGUCUUGCAAUAUAGAUGCAUGUGCGUUAUCGUUCCAGACGCAGAUUGCUAGAGAAUUGGAAGAACUGUUUGAUUGUUAAAUGAACAUUAACCGAAGAGGAUAUUGUCGCUUGAAUUGUGUAGGAAGAAAUCGCAGUUACCGGAGCGUAUUCAGUUAUGUUGGACGCAGAAUUACAUAAAAAGGGGAUUUACACAGAGGUGCCCAGCUUUUGGUGUCGAGGGAGAGGGAAUUCAAAAGCGAAUGCGGCUUUAGGCUUAUUUAACAUGAUGUUGAGGGAAAGAAAUAUCAAAAGCCUUGCUCACAGUCUCGACACCCCCGUUUUACUUCGUGGUGUUGUUUUCUUACGGUUUUGGCGACAAUAUUUGAUAAAUUAAAUAUUUUUUUUUUAAAAUUUGACAAAAAAAAACACGUGGGGGGGGGAUACGCCACUGUAUCUACAACACCCCUGCAUGUACAUGUAUAGAACAAAACAAAAGAAGAUUUAGUUGAAUACGAAUGUCUUCCCCCAGCUUUGCUCGUUUCUGUCAUCUCUUGGAGAGGGUUAUUGGUCAAGUCAUGCGGUGAUGUUUUUCACAUCGAGUCUGACAAAUCAUGGAGCUGCAGGUGCAGCCUUGACAAUCAACGCCGCAUGUAAAAUACGCAGGUGCGGAUCUGGGGAGGGUCGAUCCCUCCGCUCUGAUAGCUAUCAGUUAACAAUAAUAAUACUUAAUUUGUCAAAUGCAAUAGUAAUUAAAAGAUGACAUCUUUUUACAUGUUAAA